CCCCUGCAGGCGGACGACGAGCACUACAUCCCCCGGGCCGUGCUGCUGGACCUGGAGCCGCGCGUGAUCCACUCCAUCCUCAACUCCGCCUACGCCAAGCUCUACAACCCCGAGAACAUCUACCUGUCGGAGCACGGGGGCGGAGCCGGCAACAACUGGGCCCGGGGCUUCUCCCAGGGGGAGAAGAUCCAUGAGGACAUCUUUGACAUCAUAGACCGAGAGGCAGACGGGAGCGACAGUCUGGAGGGCUUCGUGCUGUGCCACUCCAUUGCGGGGGGCACGGGCUCUGGCCUGGGCUCCUACCUCCUGGAGCGGCUGAAUGACAGGUACCCCAAGAAGCUGGUGCAGACGUACUCGGUGUUCCCCAGCCAGGACGAGAUGAGCGACGUGGUGGUGCAGCCCUACAACUCCCUGCUCACGCUCAAGCGGCUGACGCAGAACGCAGACUGCGUGGUGAGGCCCGGGCCCAGCUGUGCCUCCCGACCCCUCUUUACCACCUUCGUGCCUUUAGAAAGUCAAGUUCAACGGGACUGCAUGGCACAUGGCUGUAAUCCUAGCACUUGGGAGGCUGAGCUCUUUGAAAGCUCCUGCCAGCAGUACGACAAGCUGUGGAAACGGGGGGCCUUCCUGGAGCAGUUCCGCAAGGAGGACAUCUUCAAGGACAACUUGGACGAGAUGGAGCGGUCGCGGGAGGUGGUGCAGCAGCUCAUCGACGAGUACCAUGCAGCUACGUGGCCUGACUACAUUUCCUGGGGUACCCAGGUGCAGUGA